AUGACCGAAACAACCACUACAGCGCUUGUCCUGCACGGCGCAAAGGACCUUCGCCUGGAACAACGCACAAUCUCCAACCCAGCCGACACAGAAGUCCAAGUCUCUGUCCGUGCAACAGGUCUCUGCGGCUCAGACCUGCACUACUACAGCCACGGACGCAAUGGCGACUUCGUAGUCCGCAGCCCAAUGUGUCUAGGCCACGAAUCCGCCGGCACAGUAACAGCCACCGGCAACUCCGUAACAAACCUCAAAGUAGGCGACCGUGUCGCCCUGGAAGUCGGUCUCCCCUGCCGAACCUGCGCCCUCUGCAAACAAGGCCGCUACAACAUCUGCAAAGCAAUGCAAUUCCGCAGCUCCGCAAAGCAAUUCCCCCACUUAGACGGCACCCUCAUGGAACGCACAAACCAUCCAGCCGACAUGUGCCAUUCCCUACCGGAUAGUGUAUCCGAUGCUGGUGGUGCCUUGGUCGAACCUCUAGCUGUGACUCUGCAUGCUGUCCGUCGCUCCCGCCCACCCAGCAAGGACGAAGUAGCCGCGAACCGAGCCGCAGGCGAAGAAACCGCGGCACUGGUCUUUGGCGCGGGUGCAAUCGGGCUCCUUCUUGCGGGUGCUCUGGCUACCAGUGAGAAUUUCUCCAAGAUCAUUGUUGCGGACAUCGAUGCCCGCAGACUUGAAAUUGCUCAGUCUAUGGGAUUGGGCUUGAAGACCAUUCUGAUUCCAAGGGCUGAGACACCCCCUCCAUCUAAGGAGGCGCCUCAUGCUGAGCAGACUGCUUAUGCGCUGGAGAAUGCGCAGCGUGUUGCGGCUGUGUUGACUGAGGCUGCGGGUGAUGAUGGUCUGAUCAUUCCGGGCUUUAGUCGUGUUUAUGACUGUACGGGUGUGCCGGCUUGUGUGCAGGCGGGUAUUUAUGCUAGUGCGCCUGGUGGUGUGUUGGUGCAGAUUGGAAUGGGAAAUCCUAUCCAGACGCUGCCGGUUGGUGCGGCGGCAUUGAGGGAGGUGGAUAUCAUUGGUGUCUUUAGGUAUGAUGGGUUUGCGUACCCUGCCGCUAUUGCGUUGUUGGCUAGUGGGAAGAUGAGGAGUGUGGAGGAGAAGGUUGUUACGCAUAGACUGAAGCUUGAGGAGGGAGAGCGGGCAUUUACACUUGCUGGAAAGGGAGUUGAUGAGGAGGGAAACCCUGUUGUUAAGGUUAUUAUUGAGAACAGACGGGGUUCAAACGGGUCUCUGUGA